AUGCUGCUGUGGUUUCUUCUCAUCUCUGCUCUGGAUCUCGGGGCCUGGGGGGAUUCCCCACAGUUGUCUUGGAAUGAAACCCAAGCCAGAGGGCUGUCAGAGAAGCUUCUGGACCUGUUUGUUGGCAUCUCACAGCUCAUUCUCAAGGGUCGCAGUGGUGCAUCCACCGUUGUCUCCCGCAAGGAGUGGGGGUUGAGAUUCCUGACCCGCAGGGCCCAGCUGACCCUGCCUGUGGCCUACAUGGACCAGCUUACGGAGGUAGAGUGCCAGGAGCAGAAUGUGUGCAGCUGGAAGCUGCGGGGCCUGCAGUUCCGUUCAGUCUACAACACAGGCUGGUGCAAUGUGGCCUACAUCUUCCUAGUUGGGGACAAUGGCAGGGUGUACAAAGGUGUCGGCUGGAACAUCCAAGGCAUGCACGCCCAGGGCUACAACAGCGUCUCCUUGGGCCUCGCUUUCUUUGGCAAUAAGCUAGGCAGCAGGCCCAGCCCUGCUGCCUUAUCAGCCGCAGAGGAUCUGAUCUUCUAUGCCAUAAAGAAGGGUCACAUGUCACUCAGGUAUAUUCAGCCACUUCUCUUGAAAGAAGAGAGCUGCUUGGUCCCUCAACAGCCACUGAUGCCCAGGAAAGCUUGCCCCAAUAUCAUGACAAGGUCAGCUUGGAAAGCCAGGCAGACACACUGCCCUACAAUGAACCUUCCGGCCAAAUAUGUCAUCAUCAUCCACACCGUUGGGGCGACCUGCAACAUAUCCAUGGACUGCCGGAUCUGUGUCUGAGAUAUACAGUCCUAUCACAUGGACACACAGAACUUCUGUGACAUCGGAUAUCAGUAA